AUGGAAUCUUUCCUCCCAACCCCAGUUGUCCCGUCUAACGCUCCAUUGUGGUCUGAAGUUGAUCAGGACUCUCGUAUCCUUAGAGAACAGUGUGGAAACAGACAGCUUGGGUACCUGCAAACUCAGGACACCCAGGACUACUACACUCAUAUCAACGAUGAUUCGACCUGUGGCUCCGCUGGCGGCAGAGCCUCAGCCUACCAACAUUUACAGUUCGGUCGAGGUCGACCUGGCAAGCCUCACUUUCCUUGGAUGGCAGGACUAGCACAAAAGUUCGACCCAGGCCCUCAACACUUGCUCAACAAUGCCAAUCGGGGCAGAUUCCGUGGCUUAGGCAGCAUGCCUACCGACGAUCAAGAGAAGGACCAGGAGGCAGAGAGGAAAGCCAGGCUUCUUGCAUCAAGGUUUCUACGGUGUGAUGGCUACAUUAAGUAUCGCAAUCGACAACCCAAGGAGAAGAAGGGGAGCAAGGAAGACGCGAAAUGGCCCGAUCAUAUCGAAGACGCUUUCAUAGUUGGUUCGUAUACUGUAUGA